AUGGACAUAUCGCACAUCAUGAGCGUCAACGCGCUGUUGAGCCACGCGGAGGCUUCGGACGCGUCAGACGACCAGCAGACCAUCGACAGGCCUCCAUAUUCGCACGUGGCCAGCUUCCCGAAGGCGGACUACCAGCAUGCGGCUGAAGCCUUCGACAACAAACACAUCACUGAAGCCAAGAAGCUUUUCAGCGAGAUGACCAUCCCGUAUGCGACCAGUUACAACGCACCAAACGGCCGACAGAUGGUCCCGAUCAUGCACUACAACGGCGAUAACAAUAGUUUCGUCCGUAUGUCGGAGCCACCAGGCUAUCCGGAGGAUCAGCCGCAAGCGUACACUUACACGAACGCUGCCAACUUUUCCCAUCCUCCGGGCACUACCUCGGUUACACAAGGUCGCGGUCACCAGCGAUCUCACACAUUGGAGGCGGCAUUUCAUCAGCAGAGCCAGUCGCCAAAGCAAGCCAGUCCGAAUCCCCAUCCAUCUGCAAAAGCUCCAGCCUUGCCACCUUCCAUUCGUGCCAAUGAUCAAAGCGAGGUUCGCAUGUCGGAGGUGCCUUCCCUCUCAGACAGCCAGGUGUCAGAGGCCAAGCCCAGUAAAGGCCGCAGCUUCGGCGAUAACAGCUGCAGAGCCGUCAAAGCCAUGAGAGCGAGCGCCGAAGCUGGCGACAUUCAAGCGGCGAUACGUCUUGGCUGGUCGGUAGAGCGGAUCACAAAGCUCUUUAACGAGGAGAAAGUAGCUCGUGGAGAGCAAGUGUACGAAGGAGAGCCCAUCGACGACCCCGAGAUCAUCACGCAGAUUCAGGAGCGCCAGAAGAAGAAUCGCGACCAUCAGCGUGAGCGUGCCGAGAAGCUGAGAAUCCGCGCGCAGGAAGGCGACUUCGAAGCGGCUAAGAAGGCUGGAUACGGGAAGAAGCGCUUGAAAGAGAUGUUCCCGGAAAUGAAGGAGCAUACCAAGGAGCCAGCCUUCGAUUUCCAGAGGGAUGAGAUUAUGUUCAAGCAGGAGCCGCUGAGUGAGAAGGUCAAUUCAAUCCUCUCGCAUGAUCUUGGGCUCCAUCCAUACCCUACUGGCCUGGAGGAGAAUGCUCAGAAGACAUUCGUUUCCAUGGAGCAUCCAAGCUUUCAACCAAACGCCCCGGCCAAUGGAUUUGGUCGACCACGCUACCCAACGCCGGGCUCCGGAUAUGGUGUGCAUUUGCAGUUGAGGGCAGAGUACGAGGAAGCCAGGCGGGCUGCGUACAUCCUGCAAGGGCGUCUGAUCGAAGCCUCUCAUGCUGCUUCAAUCGCCAAGCAGAGAGUCUUGCAUCUCCAGAACCAGCUCUUUCCAGCUCCCAAUGGCAGUCACGAGCAGAGAUCGGCAUCUCACAAGCGCAAGAUAAGCGAGAUGCCAGGUUCUAGAAAGCUCCGGUACAAGAAUCGUGCAACAAAUUUUCCUCUUCCAGGUGACGAUGAGGCGGGCAGAGAUACUGGUAGGGGAUCGACCGUCGAUGAGGCCAUUGAAGUGGACGACUGA